AUGGCAGCGCCGGCGAGCGACAGCGGCGGCAGCGAACAGAGCCCGAGCAGCAGCCCCGGGAGCCGGACGGGAGUCCGGGACGGCGGGGACGCGGGAGCCCGGGACGCAGCGGCGACGGCCCCCGGCCUCCCUCCGCUCGAGGACUACGAGUGCAAAAUCUGCUACAACUACUUCGACGCGGACCGGCGCGCGCCCAAGCUGCUGGCGUGCCUGCACACCUUCUGCCAGGAGUGCCUGAGCCAGCUGCAGCUCCGCGCCGCCGCCGCCGCCGCCGCCACCGCCGCGCCUGAGCGCCCGGCGCGCCCGCCGCCCUGGCUCGGCCCGCCGGGAGCCAUCGCGUGCCCCGUGUGCCGCCACCGCACGCCGCUACCCGACAGCCGCGUGCACGGCCUGCCCAACAACACCAAGCUCGCCGAGGCCUUCCCGCUGGCCGUGCGCGCCGCGCACGACCCGCUACCCCAGGACCGCCUCCCACCGCUGCCCGCGCGCAGCCCGGCGCCCGCCGCGACCCCGCCGUCCGCCCCGGCCCCGCUGCCGCCGCCGCCGCCCGCCGAGGACGCGGCCCCCGGGCCUCGCUCCCGCCCCGGCCUGCGCGCCCCGGGCGCCUACGAGAGCUGCCAGAACUGCAAGCGCGCCGCGCUCACCGCCGGCUGCGUGUGCGUCGUCUUCUCCUUCCUCUCCAUGGUGGUGCUGCUCUUCACCGGCCUCAUCUUCGUCAAUCACUACAGCGGCGGGGGAGGCGGGGGAUCCCCCGGAGGCGGGGCGCCCCCUGUCGCGGCCCCGUCUACCGGGUCGCCCUCGCCCGUGGGGCCCAUCUGCCUGUCGGUGGCCAGCAUCUUGGCUCUCUUUUCAGUCGUUGUCACCUGGGUCAUCUGCUGGCUCAAGUAUCGGCCCGAGGGUGCGGUCGCGGGCUCGGCGGGGGGCGGCGGGGGCGGCGGCCCGAGAGCGCGGGCGGCUGCGGCGGGCGGCGCGCGGAGGAGCGACACGUAG